AUGGUGGCUCCUAACGUGUCUCUGAGGGAUCAGCCGGAGGUCAGCCCUGAGGUUCUGAGGGUGCUGCUCAAACACCACUACAGUAGGAGACUGGCCCACGACCAUGAAGAGACUGCUAUGGGUCAGUACCACACACACACACGUUAUGUUCUUCCAUCCUCGUGGGGAUCUACAAAUCAUUUUCAUUCAAAAUCCUAUUUUCCCUAACCCCUAACCUUAACCCUAAACUUAACCACUAACCCCUUACCCUAAUUCUAACCUUAACCUUCCAUCUUUCAACCUCUCGUCCUCCUCCUCCCCGUCUCGCUCCUCAGAUCGCCAUGCCUCUCCCCCAGCUCCUCCCGUUGUCAACGACGCUAAGUCUCAGCAGUGCGUUGUUCCUGCCGCCGACCGGGACCGCCAGCAGCCAGUUUCCAUGGAGACCAGCCCCGGAAACAAGAGUUCUUCUGCUGUAGCGGUAGCCGCGGUGACAGGGGAGUAAAGAUGUCCUGUCUUCUGUCUGUGAGGACGACAAGGAAAGGAUCGUAGUGGAGAUCGUUCAGAUGUACAGCAGACAGCAGGAGAAGCUGCACUCCACCCUGCAAAAGCAGCUGCAGCUAGAGAUGGUGAGACACUACAGACAACUAGAGAUGGUUAACUCCAGCCUGAAAAAAAAAAAAAACCCAGGACUGCUCUAAUUUGUUCCUGUCCAGCAGUAACACUCAACGCCAGCUGGUUGUCUUUCAAUUUUGAGUCACCUCAUUUGAUUGAAUUCAACAUAUUACAUUAGUAAUCAUUCCUCAUUUAUAGUGCACCGUUUUAGCUUUGCUUUGAAUUGAUCCAGUAACUGAACAACUAACAUAAACCAUAGGGGUAUCAAUCAGGAAAUGUAACUGAUCAUCCUGUAUCUCUGUGUGUGUGUGUGUAGGAGUUGGAGGCGCUGCGUGGAGGCGAGGCUGCCAGGCUGCAGCAGCUGGCAGCAGAGCAGUGUGCGCUGCAGAGUGAGCUGGAGGCGGUCCACACUGAGCAUGCCCACAGGCUGGGGCAGGUGAGGGAGGAACAGAGGGAGUUGGAGCACAGGCUGGAACAGCUGAGGCAGCAGGGCUGUGUGUGUGAUAACACACACCAGGAGGAACGCUAUGCUAACCAGGUAGGCACGGACAUACAGUCCACACAUAUACGCUAUGCUAACCAGGUAGGCACGGACAUACAGUCCACACAUAUACGCUAUGCUAACCAGGUAGGCACGGACAUACAGUCCACACAUAUACGCUAUGCUAACCAGGUAGGCACGGACAUACAGUCCACACAUAUACGCUAUGCUAACCAGGUAGGUACGGACAUACAGUCCACACAUAUACGCUAUGCUAACCAGGUAGGCACGGACAUACAGUCCACACAUAUACGCUAUGCUAACCAGGUAGGCACGGACGUACAGUCCACACAUAUACGCUAUGCUAACCAGGUAGGCACGGACAUACAGUCCACACAUAUACGCUAUGCUAACCAGGUUGGCACGGACGUACAGUCCACACAUAUACGCUAUGCUAACCAGGUAGGCACGGACAUACAGUCCACACAUAUACGCUAUGCUAACCAGGUUGGCACGGACGUACAGUCCACACAUAUACGCUAUGCUAACCAGGUAGGCACGGACAUACAGUCCACACAUAUACGCUAUGCUAACCAGGUUGGCACGGACAUACAGUCCACACAUAUACGCUAUGCUAACCAGGUUGGCACGGACAUACAGUCCACACAUAUACGCUAUGCUAACCAGGUAGGCACGGACAUACAGUCCACACAUAUACGCUAUGCUAACCAGGUAGGCACGGACAUACAGUCCACACAUAUACGCUAUGCUAACCAGGUUGGCACGGACAUACAGUCCACACAUAUACGCUAUGCUAACCAGGUUGGCACGGACGUACAGUCCACACAUAUACGCUAUGCUAACCAGGUAGGCACGGACAUACAGUCCACACAUAUACGCUAUGCUAACCAGGUAGGCACGGACAUACAGUCCACACAUAUACGCUAUGCUAACCAGGUAGGCACGGACAUACAGUCCACCCAUAUACAGUUCAUUCAGAAAGUAUUCAGACCCCUUGACUUUUUCCACAUUUUGUUACGCAACAGCCUUAUUCUAAAAUGUAUUUAAUAAAAAAUGUUCCUCAUCAGUCUACACACAAUACCCCAUAAUUACAAAGCAAAAACAGGUUUUUAGAAAUGUUUGCAAAUUUAUAAUAAUACAUGUAAAACAUAUACCUUAUUUACAUAAGUAUUCAGACCUUUUGCUAUGAGACUCUAAAUUGAGCUCAGGCGCAUCCUGUUUCCAUUGAUCAUCCUUGAGAUGUUUCUACAACUUGAUUGGAGUCCACCUGUGAAAUUCAAUUGAUUGGACAUGAUUUGGAAAGGCACACACCUGUCUAUAUAAGGUCAGUGCAUGUCAGAGCAAAAACCAAGCCAUGAGGUCGAAGGAAUUGUCCCUAGAGCUCCGAGACAGGAUUGUGUCGAGGCACAGAUCUGGGGAAGGCUACCAUAACAUUUCUGCAGCUUUGAUGGUCCCCAAGACCACAGUGGCCUCCAUCAUUCUUAAAUGGAAGAAGUUUGGAACCACCAAGACUCUUCCUAGAGCUGGCCGCCCGGCCAAACUGAGCAAUUGGGGGAGAAGGGCCUUGGUCAGGGAGGUGACCAAGAACCCAAUGGUCACUGAUAGAGCUCCAGAGUUCCUCUGUGGAGAUGGGAGAACCUUCCAGAAGGACAACCAUCUCUGCAGCACUCCACCAAUCAGGCCUUUAUGGUAGAGUGGCCAGACGGAAGCCACUCCUCAAGCCCGCUUGGAGUUUGCCAAAAGCCACCUAAAGGACUCUCAGACCAUGAGAAACAAGAUUCUCUGGUCUGAUGAAACCAAGAUUGAACUCUUUGGCCAAAAUGCCAAGCGUCACGUCUGGAGGAAACCUGGCACCAUCCCUAUGGUGAAGCGUGGUGGCAGCAUCAUGCUGUGGGGAUGUUUUUCAGUGGCAGGGACUGAAAGAUUAAUCAGGAUCGAGGGAAAUAUGAACGGAGCAAAGUACAGAGAGAUCUUUGAUGAAAACCUGCUCCAGAGUGCUCAGGACCUCAGACUGGGGCGAAGGUUCACCUUCCAACAGGACAACGACCCUAAGAACACAGCCAAGACAACGCAGGAGUGGCUUCGGGACAAGUUUCAAUGUCCUUGAGUGGCCCAGCCAGAGGCCCGGACUUGAACCCGAUCGAACAUCUCUGAAGAAACCUGACAAUAGCUGUGCAGCGACGCUCCCCAUCCAACCUGACAGAGCUUGAGAGGAUCUGCAGAGAAGAAUGGGAGAAACUCCCAUUAAUACAUUUGCAAAAAUGUCUAAACCUGUUUUUGCUUUGUCAUUAUGGAUUAUUGUGUGUAGAUUGAUGAGGGGGAAAAAAACAAUUUAAACCAUUUUAGAAUAAGGCUGUAACAUAACGUGGAAAAAGUGAAGGGGUCUGAAUACUUUCGAAAUGUGCUGUAUAUGGGUCUUAAUAUAAAUAAAGGGGCCAGCCAACGUGUGACAUUGGGAUCAACAUUUCUAAAUGGUUUGAAACAAAAAGUAAAAAUAUGUUUAUGUAGUUCCACAUGUGUACUUAGAGGAAUAUAUGCAAAUUGUCCCAUAACUCUACCUAUAUAACAACCGACUGUACGUCCUUUAAGCAGCGUUCAUGCAGACAGUGGAAAGGCAAAUUAGGACUCUCAGAGACUUGAGAAAGUGACCAAAAAACAGGUUCAUUUUUGUAAUGGAAGGAUUUGUAUGGAAAGUCAAGUUGAAGCCAACAGAUGUUGUCCCAAAAAGUAGCGCAAAACCCUUCAAUUGAAGCGGCGGGAAACACAAAAACGGAUCAAAAAUGAAAUCACUGAUAAUUAUAAGGGAGCAGGAGAACUUAUAAACUGGCUCCAAUAAUAACAAGGACUUUUCAAGCACCAAAAUUAAGGAAAUGUCUACUUUUUCAUGGUAGGCCUAUACCAGUACUUGAAUUUCUGAGCUCCAAAUUCAAUAGGCUACUUCAAGCCCUUUGUACUGUUUUAACCUUGCAGGUGUAACAUGGAAAACAAAAGGGAUUUGUCAUGUUAUUUCAUUACCAGAUCAUGUUGUGAAGAAGCCCACUAGUCUAUGUCAUUUGAUGUCAUUUGUAUCCAGAAUAAUUAAUAGGAAUAGCGUUGGGUGUUGCGCAAUAGUCGACCCUACACAAUGACAUCACAAUGAACUCAUUACCUGGAUGCUUUCUCUGUUAAAUCGAACCUGCGGGAAAAAUCAAGCAGAUAACAGAUUAAUAUCAGUUCGCUAGGGAUAUUAGAUCCAACGUGGAUCCAGGCACAACUGUCUUCACUGGCAUAAUGAAUGACACGCCAAAAUAUUCUGGACAUUCCUCGCGACACCUUUUUUUCCAGCACUCUGUCACAACAGCUGUUCGUGACUUGACUGUCAUUCAGAAAAUUCCUUCCUGGAUCAGAUGAUGUAGGGCUGUCCCCGAAAAAAUAAAAACUCUUGGUCGACGUAGAGUAGUCUUUAUUUAUUUUUUUUUAUUUAUUUUUUUUUUUUUUUUUUUUCACCAAUCGAUUGGUUGAAAUGUUAAUGUCUAUUUUUCCAUAUAUAGACAGACCCACCCUAUGUGUUUGAAUAAAAUCAACUAUAUGUACUGAGCUUGUCUGAUGCUUUAAGCACGCGGUUUGAUUAAAUAAUUAAGACACAAAUGACUUGAGGUAGUAGCCAGAGAUGAAGAUUGCCUAACCAGAAGAAAAGAGAGAGCUGGAAAUAUUUUUUAAAAUACAACGAACUAUUGCCAUGCUCAAUGGAUUCUAAAAACAGGCUUUGUUUACUUGCAUUGAACGCAUUAACAGAAAUUACCGUAACCAAACAAACAUUGUAGGUGAGAAAAUAUGGGAAUUAACGGUAAAUGUAGUCUACUGCUGGUGAUGUAUGUAAUGGGGAAUUGAUUUACACUAACAAUCAAAUGACAAACAAUUCAUACUAUGAAGUCAUGAAACAAUGAACACGCACGAAAUGGCGCGACAGAGUGCAUUCUGGAGAGAGACCUGCCUUGUGCAUCUGAGCCACACUCCCCUGCUUCUAGGACCGCGGAUUAGACCACUGAGACGGGCGCAUAUCAGACAGGUGUCUCGUGUGCCGGGAUUAUUAUUAUUUUUUUAAUGAUCUAUUUGCGACUGCUCGACUAAAACAAAUAUCGGUCGACCAAACAGCCUGUCGACUAAAUGCGGUCAACCCAAAGUAAUCUGCUGGACACCAAAUGCACAUCCAGGUAUUAUGCAUAAUUAUCGAGAACCACAUUUUAAAACCAGUAUCGAUUUUUAGGUUUUAACUAUCAAGGUAAGGCGACUCUUUCGUUUAGAAGCAUUUUGAUUUUUCAAUCGCAUGCAUCAUUUUGGAUUUGUGUGCCCAUGAAAACUGUUUUUGCCCCGUAACAUAACAUAAGGAGGAGACACGAAGUGUUACGUAGUUACAGUGCAUUACAAAAAAAAACUGUCCAACAGCCAAAUCCAGGAUUCCUCCAGGGUUCCAGUUCAAUGUCUAAUUUAACUGAUUUUAAUGCUUAAUAUUAUGAUAUAACAACUUACACUGCCAUAAAUGCAAGUACAGAAAAGUAAUGUUUUAUGUCACACGAUUUUGGACAAAUCCGUCAAGACACCAACCAUGAUAAAGAUUUUAAAUCAACUCGUGAAUUUUAUUGAUUAUAGCAAUGUUCCUCCCUUAUCUUAAUGUAAUGACAUGAAACAAAUUGGCAGAUUAUUGUCAAUGAUUUGUCAACCGCUGUAACAAGUUGUCUAGCGUAGGAAAUCCUCUGGUAACCUAGUUUUAUAGAAAGACACACAGUUUGUUCUUCUGUCCUCGUGGGGACCUAAAAUGUAUUUCCAUUCAAAAUCCUAGUUCCCCUAACUCUAACCUUAACCUGCAACCCUAACCCUGAACCUAACUCCAAACCCCUAACCCUAAUUCUAAACCUAAGCAUAAGAUAGCCUUUGUCUUCUUGGGGAUGUGAGAAAUCUCCCCGCAAGGGAGAAUUUUCCUUGUUUUAUUAUCCUUGUGGUGACACUUGGGGAUUUUAGUUCCCAACAAGGAUAGAAUAAUCAACUCACACACACACACACUCACACACACACACUCACUCAGGGACACACACACACAGGGGGACACACACACACCUCCUGCUGUCUCCUUCAGCCUCUUGGCGUCUGGCUUAGACUGGCUGUGUGUGUGUCUGCUUGUCUUCCAGUGUGUGUGUGUGUGUGUGUGUGUACUGUUCAGACUAACCUGACUUCAUCUCUCUCUCUCUCUCUCCCCCCCCUCCUCUCCUCUAGCUGGCAGAGCUGCGUGGGAGGUUGGAUGGUGCGGAGGCUGACAGGGAGAAGCUCCAGGAGGAGUUGAGGAGGGAGCGGGAUGCCCGGGAGAAGCUGGAGAGAAUCAUCUCUCAGCUCCAACAGCAGAUGUGCCAGACGGCCUCCACCUCGGCCACAACCAUCGCUACAGGGAGCCCCUCUCCGCCCCCCACCCCCUCCUCACACCCCCCCCACACAGAGGGACACACCGCAGGCCCCGCCGAGCAGCAGAACGGCCAUGCUCAUAAGUAG